UCGUGCCUGGUCCGUACUUCUGCAAAGAUUCGCUGACUCUGGUGCGCUUUCAUAUAAACGAACAUUUUCCAAGCUUACUGAUAAGUAGAAAUACUUCUGGCAGAAAAUAAAUUUUCAGGAUGACUACUCUCACACCGGAUGCUUUGCAGGGAACAUUUUAUGCGAUGUCAGCACCAGUGAGCGCAACUGAGAAUGCUAAAGACAAUGUAUCGUCAAAUUCUUCCACUGGGGAGGAAGCAAGCUAUCGAUGUAUUGACUCCACCAGCUUCCAGUUUGUCCUCCUCCCUCUUGUGUACACGCCAGUCUUCGUCUUGAGCUGCCUUGGAAAUGGAACGGCCCUGUGGCAUCUGUGCAGAACCUGGCGGAGGUCUUCUCAAGCCAAGGUUUUCAUCAUCAACCUGAUCAUCCUCGACGUCUUGUUCACCUUGUGCCUGCCGCUCCAGAUUUCUUACCACGCCCUUGGCAAUAUGUGGGUUUUUGGAGAGGUGAUGUGUAAAAUAACGAGUUGCCUCUUUUUCAGCAACAUUUACAGCUGCACCCUGUUCCUCACCUGUGUUUGUGUGGACCGCUACGUAGCAGUGGUGCAUCCCAUCAAGUAUCUCAGACUGCAGAGACCGUUGUACCGUGUUGUGGUGUCUUGCAUCAUCUGGCUGAUGUUUCUCUUUGUUGUCAUGUUCAUCUUCUCCAAACGCACCACCAAUGUGCUUCCAGAUGGCCGGAUCGCGUGCAUGGAAAACUUUUCCUCCAAGUCAUGGAGCAGCAGAUUGGCCGCCAUAAACAUCAUGUCUUCCAUUGCGGGGUUCUUCCUUCCUUUCAGCGCCACAUUGACCUGCUACGUCCUGAUCGGGAAACGGAUCAUGGCCCUGACUCGGGGGAAGCAGAGCACGCUGCACUUAAAGAAAAAAUCCCUCAGGACCAUAAUGGUGGUGAUCGGGGUGCUCACCGUCAGCUUCCUGCCUUACCACAUCAUUCAAACUCUGCACACGUUGGCUCGGGUUCGAGUUCUGCCCAGCUCUUCCUUGCUUCGUUUCACCUGUGGCGCCCGUAAAGUAGUGAUGGGUGUAGCCAGCCUCAACAGCUGCUUGGACCCUAUAGUGUACUACUUAAGUGGAGAGGACAUAAAGUUUGAAUUGCCCUGCUUCUGUAAAGAGAACAUCACAAGCUCUACAGAAACCACAUCCAAUACCCAAAGAUAAUAAAGAGCUUCAAAGUUUAAACUAUCCCACACUAAGCAAAUAAUUAACUAAUUGAGACAUUCCACACACAGUUACAAAAGCUGUGUACUGGUUGCUGUUCUCCACUUUGUCCUCACUAUUCAGUGAGUAGUAAGCUCUUAACAAUCAGCCUUAGCCUGAAGUUGAAAUCUUGCUUGAAAACAGUUAUUAAAAAAGCUUGAGUGUCACGAUCGAAAUCCCUCCUCUUAAGGGCGCUCCGGUCCUUUCGUAAUUGAGUUGAUUUCAUGCACCUGCCACCUGUUUAGUCCGUAUUUAAGCCUGGCGCUCCCACUAUUCCUGGCUCAGCACUGGGAGAUGGACGCUCGGAAGCCUGCCUACCCACAGUUCCAGGAAAGACCCGAUGACAUAGACUUCAUCACAGCGUCCUGACCAUCUGAGUCCGGGACUCAGAGCGCCUGGCCCCCUUACCCUGGUUUUAUUCCCAGUCCCUGUUCCAGAUCUUGUUCGGGGUUUUUUACUGUGUUUGUCUCGUCCCCUGGAUCCCCUGGUUUUGGACCCUGGAUUCCCCCUUUUGGACUGUCUGGAUCUGUUUGGCGUUGCCACGCCCCCCGAGCACUGGAUCACCGUCGUCACGCCCCCCUGUGUGUCUACCCGUCCUGAACCUCUACGUCUUUUCCCUGUUGUCCUUCUCCACUUACUUCCGGAUUAUGCCGUCUGCAUAGGGUCCUGAACUAUGCUUUGCGGGAGCCUGGACCGGCCCCCGUUACGUUGGGGGCUUUCAGUCUUGUUGCUGCUCAAAGGUUUCACUUACUUAGUAUCACAGACAGUUCUUAUUUUUUAAAAAGGUAGCCUGGUGGAUGCAUGUAAAUAUUGUACUGUAUUGUGCUUAACACGGUAAACAAUCAAUAAUGUUUUUCUUUGUCACUUAGGGGAUGUACUGGAAUCACAUUUACAAAAAACUUCAAAAUAUAAAAUCACACAAGGAUUUCCCAGUCCUCAUGUGAGCACUGUUAGAAAAUUAUUUUUGGAUCAGUCACAGAAUAGAUGUUAAACUUGUAAUAUAAAGGAUGCAUGUACAGGGAUUAAUUAUUUCUUCAAAAACUUCCAACUAGGUGUGAAGGUUUACCUACUGUCAACAAAGCACAUUAAAGAUAAGAAACUUAGAUGGGAACAGGUCAGAGUCCUGAAAUCAUUCAGAUUUUUAUAUUUGUUCAUUUUAAUCAAAAGCGCACCGUUCUUUACUGUGUGGCAGAAUCAUAUCUUACCAGUAAUGAACUCAGUGAAGAAAUAUCUUUGCAAGAAUAUAACUUAAAAUUACGAGAGAAAGCAUUCCCAGGUGGCUAUUUUUUGGAGCAACACCCAAAAUUAUAUGAAUGGACUUGUAUUUGUUAUCAACCCAGUACAAAUUUCUUGGUUUCAGAACGGUCCUCAUUCAGGUCUGCUGCCUGAAAUGUAACAAAGUGGACCUCAGCAGAAAAAAACGCUCCUUGUGGGACUGUGUGAUAACAGUGUCAUUCCCCAUGCGUCUGAUCAAAUCCCAAGAGCUGUUUACUCGGAAAUAACAGCAAGCAACCUGAGAAGAGCCUGCAUGAAAUUCUGUGUGCAGAAGCUGUUGGAAAAAGGUACCCUUGAAGUUUUGACACUCAGGACUGACCGAAGAAACAAGUGAAAUAAAAGUCUAAGCAGACCAAUCAACUCAUCAAUUAGUACUGGAGAUGAAAAACUAAGGUAUAAUGACAACCAUCAGACAGUGUUCCUCCAGGACUGGGAUUGACAGCUGCUGAUCUAGGUUAUUGCAUUUUCCAGGGAUUUGCAAAUCCUAGGAUACAGCACAGCAUGAUCAUGACAUGUUAAUACAUUUACAAGAAAGUGUGUGUGUGUGGGGGGGUGUAUUCAUUGUAUAUAGUAUAUGUAUAUUAUAAAAAGGAAAUGACACUAUGAUGUUAUUAUUUAGUUCCUCAGUAGAAAUUGCUCAACAGGCAAUUUCUUGUUGUGACAAGAAAGGGAUGUAAGGAACAGCACUAGUUUCGCUGGGGAAUUUCCUCAUUUUACAACAUUCAGUUUUCAUAUAAUUGGCUAUGAUGCCUGAAAUUAAAGAAUUUCCCUAACAAUAAAUAAUUUUCAACAAUAAUGAAAUACCUCAUCAGAAAAGUGCCAAUUUUGGGUGUAUGAACCAUGUUGAGGUAUUGCUGUACCACGAGUAUGAAACUGUAAGAUUCCUGUAAAUGCAAUAUUAAAUUCAUUUUUGUUUAAUAGUUAUCGGCAAUCUCAGCAAAACUGGCUAAGAGCUGCAGUUCAGUAGUUAUUGUAAAUCAAAUUAACUCUCAUUUAUAUGUACAUUUAUCUGGAAUAAACAGGCUGUAAAUGUCUUAUUCCGUUUUUGAACAGUACUAUAUAUAACAUUACUUAUAUUUGUUCUUGUGCAAAGAAAAACUGAUUUAUUUCUUAUCUGGUUGUCUACGAUAAGCGUUUUAAAGAAAGGAAGAGUUCGAUGAGGAUAUUUAAGAGUUCUGAAAUUGGUCUUUUCUAAACUUUACUCUAUCUCCCUUCUCCCUUAACUUCUUCUUUGAUAUAAAGGCUCACCUGCUUCUUUUGUAUAAAGAUGUUCAUCCCAUUUAAAGUAGUUAAAUGCACUUCUAUGUCAUUUCCACUUGGUUCCUCUGGUUAAUGAUUUACUGUUUAUUAUAAAAGCAUAGAAUUGUUGUCAUAAGAACAUAAAUGUCCAGAUAUGUCACUGUUAAUUUAUGUACUGAUGUACAAAACCUGUUUACAUGCUUUAUCAGAAAAUUGUGUUUAGAGGAUUUUGUUGUCACAGCUCAGUACCCUUUUCUACUAAAUCUCUAGAUAAAGCCAAACAUUUUAUGCCUUCUUAAAAUAUGUGUAGACAAAAUCAGCACAGAUGUUCAAUUCAUGCGUGUCUCACAACAGAAAAAAAAGAAUCCAAAUUAAAUCCUUGGUGACAUUUUUGGUCAAGGAUUGUAUUCUGAUUGUAACACACCAGUGAAUUUAAAAUAUGGAAAUCUGAGGCUGUGCUUUUAAGCAACAUUUUAACCUUGGCUCAUUGUUAAAGACUGCAUUACACCACAGCUCAUGACAACUUAAUCCGCUUACAGUGGAAAGUUGCCAGUAUCAUUCAGUCAUACAGGUCUGUGUUUCCUUAUCACAUUUCUUUCUCUUCAUUGUGAAAUAAAAAGGCACUGAAAUUAAAGCAAUUUA